GUCACAGUGAGGGCCGCAUCUAUAAAACCACUGUGUAUUUAUGCAUAAAUUUGAGAAAAGAAAGAGCGAGAGAGAGAAGAGUGACAGAGCUGUCGAACUUUGCUGCCUGAUACUGCUGACGCUGAAGAAAGAAGCUGAAAGAUGAAGACUUUGGUCAUCUUGGUUCUCUGCUCCCUGGCUGUCAUCUGUCUGACUUCAGAUGCCUCCACCGGCUCCCAGCCUGCUGACAGCCCCGCUCAGGAGGGUCUGUUUGUGGAGAGGGAGCAGGCCUCCGAGGUGGUGAGGCAGAAGAGAGCUGCCGGACAGUUAUCCCUGACACAGCUGGAGAGCCUGAGAGAAGUGUGUGAGGCCAACCUGGGUUGUGAGGACAUGAUGGACACGCAGGGAAUCAUCGCCGCCUACACCGCCUACUACGGACCAAUCCCCUAUUAGACGCCAAACCACCACGACUGAUUUUAUUUGCAGUUAAGCCAAAAAAAAAGCAUGAGUAAACGUUUAAAAAAAAAAAAAGUGUGCCAUUAUGUCAAAGUCUUGCACAAAGUGAGAAAAGUGGGGAUAAUAUCUGCAUGGGAAUUUUAUUUUUCCAUCCUGCAUAUUAUUGUCUCUGUAAUUAUAUAAUUGCUGUAAGUCUGUAGAGUAGUGUGAUGAAAUUAAAUAAAGAUGAAUAAAACUCUGCUGUGUGUGCUCUUUUAUAACCUGGGACUCUGGAUAUAAAACAUGCACUUACUACUGGAACAGCUUUGACAACUUGUGGCCACUAGAUGUCCCUGUUGAUCAUGACAUAUCAUAAAGUGAAGGAGCAUUUACUGGACUAUAAGAG